AUGAUUGAAUUAGAUGUAUUGACUGCUGAUAUAUCAAAAGCUUACGACGAUCUGCGGAACAUUGAGGAAUCAAUAAUAUCUUUGUCGGGAAAGGAGAGGUUUGGUGCGAGCAGGAGGCGUACUAUUGAUUCUAGUCGUUCUAAUAAUUAUGGUUAUGAAAGGCGUGAUGGCCGUGUUGUUAGUUUGGAUUCAUUAGGACCAAACAAACGUCGCCUAGUUAUAUCUGCGGAAAAUGAUUUAUAUGAAGGUUCAAGCAAGAGAUUGCGGUAUGAUGAAAAAGAUGACGAAAAUAUGCGACAUACUGUACAAUCGUCGGUUGUAAUGCCAGCUAUCGAAACGAAGUCACGUAAAGCUGCUAUUUCUGAGCUCAAAGGCUCAGAGAAAAAAGAAGUUAAUGUUCGAAAUCGUCGGAUGUUUUCUAAUUUAUUGCUUGGGACUUUGCAACGUUUCCAAAAAGAGGAGAAGAAAAUAUCAUCAGUAGAAAAAGCCGAAAAGCAGAAAGAAGUUGAGAGACGUUUGCGUGAAUCAGAAGAAGAAGAACGUGAAAGACUUGCUCGAGAAAGAGCAGCAUUGCUUGGAAAGCGUCGUGAAAAGGAACGUUUAAUAAAAUCAUUGCAACGAAAAAAGGCUAUCAUACAAUAUGCAGAACAAAAGCAGGAACAUUACCGAAAAUUACAAAACUUCAUUCAAACGCAAGCAAAACCUCCUAUAUUUUAUUUACCCGCAAAGCAUACAUUACGAACUCUCGAACUUCUGAAGGUCUCCUCGAAAAAAAUUGAUGAUCUUAUUGAGCAUCGGCGUCUACAAAUGGAGGCUGACUUAAAGACACCAGAAGAGAAACAGGUGGAUGAGGAGGAAGAUAAUUGCGAACAUUCUCAGGAUUUAGAUGAUAUGCAUUUAAUUGGUAACUCUGUUGUAAAAGAUAUAAGUAAGUUAGCAGAUAAUGAGCAAACUGCUGGAGAAGAAUUUGGUGAUGAAGAUAAAGACUUGAACUUGAUUGGAAAGAUAUCAAUGGAAUCUUCAUUACAGAACGUAGAAUGGGAAAAGUGUGAAAAUGGAGAGGAAACACCUAGGUUGAAACAGUUGGUAGAAGACGAGGAAAAUACAGGUAAGGAUAAUAGUCAUAGUGACAUUGAGCCAUUGGUUGAUGAGGCUGAGAUUGAUCAGGAUGAUGACUCUCAAGUUGCAUCCGCUGAUGAAAAUGAUUGA